AUGGCCAGAAAGGAACUGCUUGCAAACACACAAAAAGAAGUUGUCUCUGGGUCACAUGAAGAAGAAUUCCAAGCAAGCUCCACAUGGGCAGGCCUUGACAUAGAAAUGGAAGUAGAAGACCCAUAUUUUUCUUCGUAUUCCCAUUUCGGAAUCCACGAAGAAAUGCUGAAAGACGAAGUCCGCACAGAGUCAUACAUGAACGCAAUAAUCCAGAACCCAAAUUUAUUCCAAGGGAAAAUCGUCCUUGAUAUUGGCUGUGGGACUGGGAUUCUCAGUAUCUUUGCAGCCCAAGCUGGAGCCACUCAUGUCUAUGGAAUUGAUGCGGCUGAUGUGGCAGACCAAGCCCAUGAAAUCGUCAGGGAUAAUGGCUACUCAGAAAUCGUGACCAUUAUUAAAGGGAAAGUUGAGGAUAUUGAAUUGCCUGUAUCUAAGGUAGAUAUCAUAAUUUCUGAAUGAAUGGGGUAUUUUUUAUUGUAUGAAUCAAUGCUGGACACUGUGAUUUAUGCUAGAAAUAAAUGACUGAAGCCUGAUGGGCUAAUGUUCCCUGACAAGGCAAAGCUUUUUAUAGCUGGAAUUGAAGAUGCUGAUUACAAAGAGAAAAAGGUAAAUUUUUGGGACGAUGUAUAUGGAAUUGAUAUGGGAAUUAUAAAGCCUAAUGUACUAGCCGAACCCAUUGUAGAUUUGGUUGAAGCUGAGGCACUAGUGACAACUGAUUCAUGCAUUUUUACAAUGGAUUUGAAAACUGUAAAAGAAAAUGAGUAUCAAAUUGCUACGAGAUAUACAUUGACUGCAACAAGACAAGACUAUGUACAUGGAAUUGUUGCUUGGUUUGACGUAGAGUUCAAUCAUGGAAGGGAAAGAAUUACGAUAUCGACAAGUCCAAACAGAAAUUACACACAUUGGAAGCAGACCGUGUUUUAUUUAAAUGAUGUAUUACCUGUUAUGGUAGGAGAAGAAAUUAUAGGUAGCUUAGCAAUUCGCAAAAAUCCUGAGCAUAAAAGAGAUUUGGAUGUUAAAAUUUCUUAUCAUUUUGACGGGACUAAGCAUACUUAUCACGAUUACAGAUAUUAUAAAAUCAAAUAA